AUGUGGAAACACGGCCAAAUUGAACACGGCAACCGCGUGCUUGUCGACGAAAAUGGGAACUGCCUCAGCAGGUUACAUAAAGAACUUUUCCCGUCGAGCACGUCGGCGUCGCAGCAUUCGAGGACGACGCUCAAUGAGUGCUGCGAGUUGCCGUCGGCAACCAAUGUCAGCGGAAGGUCGUUCCCUCCCAUCCAAUUUGAUAAAUGUACGGCGCGCGGGAUGGCGGCCAGCGAGGAGCUCCAUCAAGGAGUCCAUGAAGGUGGUCAUCUGCUGCUGGGGCUCCAAUGUUGCUCGUAUCUGGAUGAUACUGUCUGCACCAGCAGCGAUAUCCCUCCGCCACCCAAGCUAUCACCUGGCCGCCGCCGCCACCCGAUCGAGGUGUUUGAGUCUCACGAUCUGGUGCUGGCAAGUGUGAGACUGGCGAAAUGGCCGCACACCAGCAAAAGAUGUCUGGCCAACAGCAACCAAGGAAUCUGGCGCACGAUGUGUAGGGUCUCCAAAGAGCCCGGAUUCUGCAAUGACGUGUUCCACGAUUUCUUUGUAUCGCAAGCAUAA